CGCCCUAAGUCUCAGUAACGGUGCAUCAUAAAGAUAUUUUUAAGAGAUUAAAUUUUAAUCUUGAAAAAGAAUUAAAUUUAUAAGUCUCAGUAACGGUGUUUAAAAAAAGAUUAAAAAAAUGUUGUGUCGUUUCGUAGCAAUUUUAGAAUGUGCCACGUGCAGUACCGAUAAAGGUACAAAUAAGAAUUAAAAAGAUAUUAAAACAACAUGGAAAAUAAGAGAUGGCCAUCUAGAAACAACGUACCAUCUUUAAAAUGCGAUCCAACUGCAUAUAAAUAUUGUCAAGAAAAAAAGGAUCCUGAAUUUUUAAAAAAAUGCUAUAUCAAUGCUAUUAAUGGGUAUGGUGUUUUCACUGAAGUUACACUAAAAAAGGGUCAAUUUAUAUGUGCCUAUUUUGGUGAAUUAAUAUCUCUAGAAGAGGGGGAAAAAAGAGAAGAUAUUUAUGAAGAAAACAAAGGAAGUUAUAUUUUUUUUCUUGAACAUGAACGCCUUAAGUAUUGCAUAGAUGCAACUAACACUGAAUGUAUUGGUAAAUAUAUAAAUGAUAGUCCAAUGAAGAGUGCAAAUGCUAUUAUUAAAGUUAUAAUGGUGGAUUUUCAGCCAUAUUUGUGUAUCUUUGCACAUACAACAAUUUUACAAGACACUGAAAUUAGAUAUGACUAUAAGGCGCCUAAUCUAUGGUGGCGAAAGCUUAAACAUCUUCUGAAACCUUUUACUCUAGGAGAAUUAGAAUCUGAUACCGCAUCUGAGGUCUAUGAUUUAUGUGACACAAAAAAGUCAGAGAUGUCAAACAGCUUACAUACAUUACCAUUGUCUUCUGGUAUUCUUGAUGAAGUAGAGUCAAGUGAUCAUGAUGAAUUUGUGAACAGUGUGGAGAUAUUACCUACUAGUUAUCUAGUCUUCUCUACCCCUCCUCAUAUCAUAGAUUUUUGCAAAGCCACAAGCACACCUAAAAAAGAAACUACAAAGCAAUCAAAAUCUGAAAUUAUGAAUUCUAGUUCAAAAAAAAGACGGUAUCCACAGAGGAAUAUGUCAAAAUGCAUAAACUACAGAAUGCCUGAACUGGAUUUAGAUAGCUCUUUACGUGAUGACAGUGGGAUCGAUGAUUCUUUUUUAAAACAGAUACUUCAUUCUUCAAACGAAGAAUCUUCUGGUGAAGAUGACAGAGACUCAGAUUUCAAUAUUCCAAAAUAUAUUGGUACCCCAGAAUCGGAAAGUGAAUCUGAUGUUAUUGAUGUUAUCCAUAAUGAAUUACUCAGUAUACCAAAUAAUGAAUUUCUUAUCAGAAAAGAAGAAAUUAGUCAGCUAAUUGAAAGCAAGAUACACAGUUCUGAUGAUGAAAUUUUAUCUGACAAUAACAAUGUUAUUGAAUCCAGACACAAACAUGGGCAUAAAAAACACUACUGUCUUUAUUGUGAAAAACUUCUCUCAAAAAUCCCAAGGCAUUUAGAACAUAUUCAUAAGCAAGAAGAACUUGUUAUAGAAGCCCUUCGUUAUCCGAAAAAAAAUAAAGAGCGAAGAAAUAUGUGGACUUAUAUAGAGAGGAAAGGUGAUUUUAAUGUAAAUAUAAAUAACAUUAAAAGUUCUAAAAAAAUAACAUCUGUAAGAAAAUGUACAGUCAACAAAGAUGAUGAGCUAUUGCCUUGUGAAUAUUGUUAUGGUUUUUUCAGAGCAAGGAAACUUUGUGAACAUGUUUCAAAGUGUUUUAGGCGUGGUAGUGAUAACAAGGAAAUAAGUUAUAUAAAAGCUUCUCGAAUAUUAGUAGGCCAAUCCAGUUUGACCGACAAUGCUAAAAUUGUACAUGAGCAUAUACUUACAACUAUGAAACAUGAUAAACUUCACCUUGUUAUUCGCAAUGAUAAGUUAUUAUUGACCUAUGGAGCAGUUGAAGUUGGUAAAAAAGAAAGAGAUCGUUACCAUGAUGUAGGCUAUGCACUUCGAGUUUUAGCUAAGUUAUUGUUGCAAUACAGAAAACAGUUUAAUGCAGAAGAUGCAUCUGCCAAAGAUUUAGUCAAUACAAAAAACUAUGAUAACAUUGUUUCUUCUAUGAAAGUUUGUGCAGAUUAUUGUGGACCAAGAAAAAUUGGAAAUCCUCAUCUUGUUUUAAGAAUAGGAUAUUCAUUAAAAACUUUAGCUAUAAUAGUCAAAUUAGAGUACCUGAAAUUAGGAUUACAAGACAUGGUUGAAAACAUUCGAAAUUUUUUAGAGCUAUUGGAAUCAGACUACAGUAUUUUUUUAAACAAUGCACGUAGUGUAUAUGAUUUACGAAAAGCCAAUGCACCAGAUAUGUUGCCAGAAGAAAGUGACAUUAAAGUUUUAAGAAAUUAUUGUGUUAGUGAAAUCAGCAAGUAUUUAAACAAUACAAUUCUUACAUCUAAUGAAUAUAUACAUUUGUGUAAACUUACUUAUGUAAGAAUACUAACAUUUAAUGCUAGGCGAGGUGGAGAACCUGGAAAGUUGACAUUAGCAGAUUGGGAUAUGGUAGAAAAAGGCAGGUGGAAACGCCAAACUGACAUAGAUGCUUUAGAUGAUCCGAUAGAAAAAAAGCUUGCAGAGCGAUUUAAACUAUGUUACAUUGAAGGCAAAAAAAAACGGAGUGGUUCUUCUGUAAAAGCAUUAGUUCCGAUUAUUUUUACUGAGGAAGUUGUUGGUGCAAUCAGACUAUUAAUCAGCUCAAGGCAAAAUGCUAAUAUUUCUCAAAAAAAUAAUUAUGUGUUUGCCCGUGGUGCAGGCUGUUUUAAACUACGUGGUUGGGACGCGCUACAAUCUUUAACAAAAAAGCUUAAUUUAUUGAAGCCAAAGCUUAUUACGCCAACUAGAACUAGAAAGUAUUUGGCAACCAUUCUGCAGUUGUUAGACAUGAAUAAUGCUGAGCUUUUGUGGCUCACAAAUCACAUGGGGCAUACUAAAGAUGUUCAUCAAAAUUGGUAUCGACGUGAGGAUUCUACUAUCGAAUUAACAAAAGUAGCAAAAGUUCUUCUUGCUAUGGAUAAUGGCGAUGCAAGGCGCAUUCAAAAUAAGAAAAUCGAUUCACUAUUACAAAAUAGUUUUGAAGGAAUUGGGAUAUCAAAUGUUAAUACAGGAGAAAGUGCUAAUGUUUGCACUUAUUCAGAUGAAGAUGUUGGAGAUGCAAAUAGCAAUGUUUUGGAUGAAAAUACCAAUGUCAUUGAAAAUGAAUUAAUUAAUGUCGAACGUAAAAGAAUACAAAAUAAAAGAAUAAACAUGCACAAAGAGUCAAAAAAAACUUGGAAAGGUUGGUCGGAAGAAGAAAACGCAUCACUUCGUAAGGCGUUUUCGAUAUAUAUCGCGAGAAAGAUUCCGUGUCCGCUUCUUGAUGUUAAAAAAAUUAUUGAAAGUAUACCUUGUCUUCGAAGAAGAGGGCAUAAGAUUGUUAAAGACAAACUAAACAAUAUUAUUAGAAAGAGAUGAUUUAUGCGUUUUUAUUUAUAUACAAAUAAUGGUGUUUUGAAGUAGUUAUGUUGAAAUCAAGUUUAUUAACGUUGAUUAAAUUUUAUAUAAUUAUUUCAAGUGUAUUAUAAUUUUAAGUGUGUAUAAAAAAGAUCAGUGUAAUAUUUGUAUAAUGAAUAUAUAUCAAAUA